UGAUCCUCGGCAGAUUUUAAAGAUGGCGGCUUCCAGGUUGACGGGAUGGCGAAAUCUCGCUGUUCGGCAGUGUGUAUGUAAUGAUAGACGAAUACUGUGUCAUCGACCUGCAUCAGGUCAUGUACUGAUAGUGAAACAACAUUCUCAUGAUCCUUUGGACUUCAGGCUACAACAAGUUCAGUUUUAUUCAAAUCAACCAGCCAGAAAAAGCUUUUUAGCUGAAUUUAUUGAAAAUGUCAAACAAGAAUUUGCAAAAAAUAAAGAAAUGAAAGAUAGUAUAAAGAAAUUCAGAGAAGAAGCCGACAAACUUGAAAAAUCAGAUGCCCUUCAAAAAGCCAGACAAAAAUAUAGUACACUAGAAUCUGAUGCAGCAGUCGGUUCAACCCAGUUAAAGAAGAAGUUGGAUGAAAUUGGUAGAAAAGUGUCAGAGCAAUUGGAGGAAGUUCGGAAAUCUGACUGGGCUAAAAAAGGUAUGAAUAUAACUGAAGAUCUUGGUAAAACGGCCAAAGAUGCAGCCGAGUCUGUCGGCAAACAAGGCGAACAGAUUGGUAAAUCCAGUGCAUUCAAAGCUUUCUCACAGAGUGUCAAAUCUGUGAAAGAAGAGUUAGAUGAAGCAACAACAGCGAGGGCACAACCAUAUAAAGCUCCAGAGAAGCUGCGGAAAAGAUCAGAUAGGUCAUUUCAACCUGAUCUUAAAGACAAGCCAGUAGAAGCCAAUGAGGAUGCAACAGGAAUGGUUCUUCAUAAAGAUUCUAAAUGGUUUCAACAGUGGCAAAACUUUAAAGACAAUAAUCAAGUUGUUAACAAAAUCUUUGAUUUAAAGAUGAAGUAUGAUGAGAGCGAUAACGCUGUCAUAAGAGCAUCUCGGGUUGUAACCGAUAAAGUUAGUCAACUUUUAGGUGGUGUGUUUACCAAAACAGAAAUGUCUGAAGUCCUGACAGAGAUUAUUAAAAUAGAUCCACAUUUUUCCAAAGAUAAAUUUUUAAGGCAAUGUGAGAGUGAAAUUAUUCCAAAUAUUCUUGAGGCUAUGAUUAGAGGUGAUCUAGAUGUUUUAAAAGAUUGGUGUUAUGAAGCACCGUUCAAUGCCAUAGCUGUACCAGUGAGGCAAGCUAUUGCAUUGGGAUACAAGUUUGAUUCCAAAGUAUUGGACAUUGAUUAUUUGGAACUUGUCAUGGGGAAAAUGAUGGAGCAAGGUCCAGUACUUAUAAUAAGUUUUCAAACACAACAGAUACAAGUUGUGAGAAAUGCCAAGCAUGAAAUAGUUGAGGGAGAUGAGGAUAAAGUUGUUAGAGUACAGUAUGUGUGGGUACUAUGCCGAGAUCAAGAAGAACUAAACCCUGAUGCUGCUUGGAAAUUGCUGGAUUUAUCUGCCCAAACCGCACAACAGUGGGUGUAGAAUGGAAGUCAUUGCAUAUACAAAAACUUUUGGCUUUCGUUAUUUUUUGGGUUGCUACUACAGAGUGUUAUUAUAGUGAUGACAGACAUGCAUUCUGAUGCACCAUGACAAGUAGCUGGUUGUAUUGGAAGGUCUCAUUGGCCAACACAAACAUGCUUAAACAAAUGUCAAUUGGGCGAACUGUGACACACAUCACAAAAUAUACGGACUAUAUUAAUUGGUAGUUGGACACGCUCUAGUCUAAUUUCCUCCAACCAUCUUGUUUUGAUAAGUCGUGUACAUUGUAUAGUUCAAUAAGUUUAUUUUAUCGAGUAUACCGGUAUGUAAUCUUAUGUUAGAUGAUUAUCAAUUAUUUUUAAAAAAAUUGCUACCCAUCUUGGAGAUCAACUGUUACCUUUGUAACUCUUGAUAAAUAUAAGCAUGUAGCAUUUCAUGUAAUUUA